ACCCCGGCUGGGCAUCCAUCAGCAGGGGGGUGCUGGUGUGCGACGAGUGCUGCAGCGUGCACCGGAGCCUGGGACGCCACAUCUCCAUCGUCAAGCACCUUCGCCACAGCGCCUGGCCUCCCACGCUGCUGCAGAUGGUGCACACGCUCGCCAGCAACGGGGCCAACUCCAUCUGGGAGCACUCGCUGCUGGACCCCGCACAAGUGCAGAGUGGCCGGCGCAAAGCCAAUCCCCAAGACAAAGUCCACCCCAUCAAAUCGGAGUUCAUCAGGGCCAAGUACCAGAUGCUGGCGUUUGUACACAAGCUUCCCUGCCGGGACGAUGACGGGGUCACUGCCAAAGACCUCAGCAAGCAACUGCACUCAAGCGUACGGACGGGCAACUUGGAGACGUGUCUGCGCCUGCUCUCCCUGGGUGCCCAGGCCAACUUCUUCCACCCCGAGAAGGGCACCACACCUCUGCACGUGGCUGCCAAGGCAGGCCAGACGCUGCAGGCCGAGCUGCUCGUAGUGUAUGGGGCUGACCCUGGCUCCCCUGACGUUAACGGCCGCACACCCAUUGACUAUGCCAGGCAGGCGGGGCACCACGAGCUGGCCGAAAGGCUAGUCGAGUGCCAGUAUGAGCUCACUGACCGGUUGGCCUUCUACCUCUGUGGACGCAAGCCUGAUCACAAGAAUGGGCAUUACAUCAUCCCGCAGAUGGCUGACAGAUCUCGGCAAAAGUGCAUGUCUCAGAGCCUGGAUCUCUCUGAGUUGGCCAAAGCUGCCAAGAAGAAGCUGCAGGCGCUCAGCAACCGGCUUUUUGAGGAACUUGCCAUGGACGUGUAUGACGAGGUGGAUCGGAGAGAAAAUGACGCGGUGUGGCUGGCUACCCAAAACCACAGCACCCUGGUGACGGAGCGCAGCGCUGUUCCCUUCCUGCCUGUUAACCCUGAAUACUCAGCCACUCGGAAUCAGGGGCGACAGAAGUUGGCCCGCUUUAAUGCCCGAGAGUUCGCCACCUUGAUCAUCGACAUUCUCAGCGAGGCCAAGCGGAGGCAGCAGGGCAAGAGUCUGAGCAGCCCCACAGACAACCUCGAGCUAUCCACACGGAGCCAGAGUGACCUCGACGACCAGCACGACUACGACAGUGUGGCCUCCGACGAGGACACCGACCAGGAGCCCCUGCGCAGCGCCGGCGCCACUCGGAACAACCGCGCCCGGAGCAUGGACUCCUCGGAUCUUUCCGAUGGAGCAGUGACGCUGCAGGAGUACCUGGAGCUGAAGAAGGCCCUGGCUACCUCUGAGGCCAGAGUGCAGCAGCUCAUGAAGGUCAACAGUAGCUUGAGUGAUGAGCUCCGGAGGCUGCAGAGGGAGAUCCACAAGCUGCAGGCAGAAAACCUACAGCUCCGGCAGCCGCCAGGGCCAGCACCCACACCCCCACUGCCCAGCGAGCGGGCAGAACACACAGCCAUGGGGCCUGGCGGGAGCACCCACCGCAGGGACCGCCAGGCCUUCUCCAUGUAUGAACCAGGCUCUGCCCUGAAGCCCUUUGGGGGCCCACCUGGGGAUGAGCUGGCUACGCGGCUGCAGCCUUUCCACAGCACUGAGCUGGAGGAUGAUGCCAUCUACUCAGUGCACGUCCCUGCUGGCCUUUACAGGAUCCGGAAGGGGGUGUCUGCCUCUGCUGUGCCCUUCACUCCCUCUUCCCCUCUGCUGUCCUGCUCUCAGGAAGGAAGCCGUCAUACGAGCAAGCUUUCCCGCCACGGCAGUGGUGCAGACAGCGACUACGAGAACACGCAAAGUGGGGACCCACUACUCGGGCUGGAAGGAAAGAGAUUCCUAGAGCUGGGCAAGGAGGAGGACUUCCACCCGGAGCUGGAGAGCCUGGAUGGAGAGCUUGACCCCGGGCUGCCCAGCACAGAGGAUGUCAUCCUGAAGACAGAGCAGGUCACCAAGAACAUCCAGGAGUUGUUGCGGGCAGCCCAGGAGUUCAAGCAUGACAGCUUCGUGCCCUGCUCAGAGAAGAUCCAUUUGGCUGUGACCGAGAUGGCCUCUCUCUUCCCAAAGAGGCCAGCCCUGGAGCCGGUGCGGAGCUCUGCCGGUGCGGUGUCGCUCCGGCGGCUCAAUGCCAGCGCCUAUCGGCUGCAGAGCGAGUGCCGGAAGCCAGUGCCUCCAGAGCCUGGCGCCCCUGUGGACUUCCAGCUGCUGACCCAGCAGGUGAUCCAGUGCGCCUAUGACAUUGCCAAGGCUGCCAAGCAGCUGGUCACCAUCACCACCCGAGAGAAGAAGCAGUGACCACUCUCCCCGACCCUCACCCGCACCCUGGAACCUCACUGGCCACGGGAGCUGGGCCACUCCAGACACUAAUCCCACCCCAACAGAGCCACUGGCACAAGUGCCCUUAGUGCUGCCGCUCUCCCUGGCAGCCAGGUGCCCUGGUGCCCACCCCUGGAGCCCCCAAGGAUGGGGAGGUGGGGCGGCAGGAGCUUCUGUCCCCCACAUUCCACACCCCUCCCCUGUACAUAGCACCCUACCUUCUAGUGUGCAGGGGCCCAAAAGGCAUCACUCCCAGCCCCUCGCCCUCUGGGCACCCUCAGCAAAGGGUUGGGUGGGGACACUCCACGUGGGGCAGCUCUCCCUCCUGCACCCCACCCCCAUGAGCCAGUCCAGCCCUACUGGGGGCUGGGGGGGGCAUCCCCCUUUGUACAUACCCUCUGUGGAUGUCCCGCCUGUAGCCACCAGCCUCCUUGCUGCUCUCCUUCAAUGCCAAACGGCCCCUGCCUAGGGCACAGGCCCAACCUGUGUGCUGGGGUCCCCAGCAGCAAACACUGGAAAUUUUCUCUCCUUUCCCCACCCCUUAAUUUUAACUUUGUGGUAACUGAGUGUCCCUGCGUGCCUGCGUGAGUGUGCGGGCGGCAGUGCCGACCCGGAGGACUGGUCCAUCGAGUUCUGAGGGGUGAGGGGACCAGAGCAGUGGGGACCAGACCAGCGUGGGGCCAGGGGCGGUCGGAGGGGCUAACCAGCUCUGGUCCUACGGCUGCCUCUUAUCACUACCCCCACCAGUACCCCUUCUCUAUGAACUUAAAGACCACUCCCCUCCACCUCUCCACCCCUCCCUGUGGAAGGGGACUGCUGGCUGGAGGACUGAGCACCUGAGCCUGGGGCUGGCUCCCCGGGUCCGACUCAGCUGUGGCUGUGGCACCGAGAGCCCCCUCCCCUAACCUCUGCGAGGCCAGCCCCCGCCCCCCACCUCCAGCCUGCACCUGCUGUGGUCCCACUUCCCAGGGAGCCUGCUGCAACCCUGCAGCUGGAGAGGCAGGGGCACCUACCAGCCCUCUGGCCCCACCUCUUGGGGGCAGGCCCUACCUGUGGUGGUGGGUGGGCUGUGAAGACGUGUGUCAUGUACAUUUGUAUCAAAAUAAAUAAGUGACCAUG